GACCAUCAAGCAAGUACAAAAAGUGCAGCCUUUAUAACAGCUUGACACUUGAGUAAAUGUGUUCUGUGGCUUGACAGCAUCACUGAUCACUUUUUGCUGCAUCUCGGAAGUGAUUCUAUAAUUUACAUAUUUUGUACUAACACAAAACUUUUAUUUUUCAAUUAGUGCAUUAAUUUCUAGUGUUGUUGAGUAAAUUAUUAUCCUUCACAAUGGCGAAAAUGGCAUUUCAGCACCAAGCCGGAACGGCUAUGGAAUGUCUUAGUAUACCAAUAACACUUCAAAAAGAAGCUGGUGUUGACGCAGAAGGCAGGGAAGUUAUGAAAUGUGGGUUUAAAAUAGGUGGAGGAAUUGAUCAAGAUUAUCGCAAAAGCCCACAAGGGUAUACUGAUAACGGUAUCUAUGUGACUGAAGUUCAUGAAGGGAGUCCGGCAGCUAAAUCUGGAUUGAGGAUGCAUGACAAAAUCUUGCAAUGCAAUGGAUAUGACUUUACCAUGGUAACACACAAGAAGGCUGUCAGCUAUAUAAAGAAGCAUCCAGUUCUAAACCUUCUUGUUGCUAGAAAAGGUGUAACAUCUACAUAACUGUUACAUAGCUUUUGUAACAAAAGUAUAUUUUAUUAAUUUUGAUCAAGUGUUUUGAAAGAAAGUAUUUAAAAAUCAAAUGAUUUUAUAAUGUUAUUUAUUUUUAGAGUAUUUUUAGCUUUAGGUUUAUUAAUUAAUUUAUUAAGUAACACAAUUCAUUUUCUUACAAUUACUCUAAAUACUUUGGGGUUAUGAUAUUCAAUAUAUUUAAAAUUUCUAGUUCCAAAUUUAUUUAAACAUAAUUUUAAAAUACUUGUGCUCAAUAUGUAACACUGGUCUUCGUUUAUUAUGAUUUUUUUUUAACCCCAAUGGAUAAAGAAGUGUUGAGAUAUAAAAAAACAAAUAUGAGGAAAGUUACCAGUGUUUAUAAUGCAACAAAUAAUUUUAAUCAUAUGAGUUAAAUAUAUUUGAUAUUGUUAAUUAAGUGACAUUGUGGAUAGUAAUUUGUUAUUAGUUGAUUAUAAUAAAUAUUGUUCGGUAAUGUAAGGGUUUCUUCAUACAAUAUAUUAUAAGCCCUGUAUUAACAUGCAGCAGAUAAAUGUUAGUAUAAAUCAAUGUUUAUAUAUAUAACAUACGUCGCCCACGACUCCGUCUGCGCGGUAUUAAAUAUAGAUAGCCAAUUCUCAGACCAACUGAAUAUGGAUAUAAAAUUUCAUAAAAACUGGUCAAGCCGUUUCGAAGGGGUAUGAUAACUAAUAUUGUGACAUGAGAAUUUUAUCUAUAAUAUUGCAUUUCCGCUCUCUCUUUUUUAAUUAAUCAAUAAAUAUAUUUAUCAGUGUCAACAAGCUUAACAACUAUCAGACAUUACUCAAAAACAUUUCCACAUUAAUAAGUGUAAGUGAUAAAAAGAUAAUCCAGAGAUAAAUGUCAUGUGCCAAAUAUCUAUAUAAGAAAUGUUAAAUUUUUUAUUCAACAUUUGCUUUAUCAUUCUGCAUAUUACCGAAUGUACAAGAGGAAAGUCAAAUUAAGCAAUUAAUAUUACAGUAUAAAAAUCAGUGUGAAUUAUACAAGGCUGAUUAUAUCACAAAUGUUUUUUAUGUAAUGUUUAAAUAUAAGAAAACUGAUUUUCUUUGUCAACUUAAUUAUAAAUUUCGUACAAAAUUACCUUGGCUUCUAUAUAAUAAUUUUAUACAAAUUGUAUACAAUACUGUUCCUGAAUGCUUGAUACUCAUUUAUUCAAUGUUUUAUAGGAUUUUUUGUCAUUUUAAAAAAUUACUUGCCAAAGAUAAUACUUUCAUAGUCCAUCAAACAAUGCAAAUUAAUGCUUUCAAAGAAAAAGUAUUUUUAUAACAAUAGUUAUGUUUAAUACUUGAUUUUAUGGUAGCUUUUGCAGGAAAUUUAAAUCUCAAAAUUAUAAAAUCAAUUAAAUUAACU